CUUUAGGUGUCCACAGUGUAAAGGGGAUUUUUGUUAUUUUUCAGCUCUGAAUUUGCAGCCCCCUGCACUGACCGCAAAAGACCUGAACUGCAGUUCUGCGGAUGGCAUUUAAGCAGGCGUCUUUUGCCUAUUUUUUUCACUAGUUGAUUUAUUUGCGGGAAGGUUAGAAAUGUCUACGUCGGUUUAUAACAAUGGAUUAGAACGCCAAUAGCAUAAUAUUCCGUCCGCGAUAUGUGAAUGUAGCCUAGUGGAGCUAUAAUGGGUCGGUGAGGUUUCAGUGCAGACCGUCUGGGGACAUAAGUCCCUAGAAUGUCCAAGUGGGACAGGGACCUUUUAAUUGAUAUUUAGGGGGAAGAGUAGGAGGACCGUGGGCGGCCGCUUAGGCUACAAGACCGCUGUAGUCCUACAAAAGUGAAAGUAAUGUCAAAAUGCGCACUUGUACGACGUCCAGAGCAGACACAAAAAGGCAACAUGACAAGUGGCUUGGCAUGGAUCAUCAGAGCCUGUCUGUUUCAGGUGUGCCUGUGGAGAGCCUGUCUGUGUGAAGAGCCUGACUGCAUGUAUAACGAAUAUUUGACAGAAAUGGUGGAAAGUCUGCCAAAGGACUAUUUGUUCAAAGUGAACAAAAGUGAGGAAACGGUUGAAAGAGUUGAAAAAGCCCUUAGCAGGUUCUAUGGGGAGAACUGUAAGAAGGACUUCAAAUGCGAAGAUUACAACAAUUACAAUUCUGCAGUGUGUUACUUACUGGGAUGUCUGGAUGGGAAGGAACCUAAGUGUGUCUCUAAUGUCACAUACAGUCUAGGUGAGGUGGAGUUGAUCAGUUUGAAAGGCUUCACGUGUCUGGUUAAAGAUGCGUUCAAUCACAAUUCAUUACAAGAUAAAGCAUGUGAUGCUGUUUUUGUUGAUGCAAUGAGAUGCCAAAAAGCAACUACACUUGAUUCACAAGAGAAGCGAUUACAAAAUACAAAAACUACAACAAUAUAUACAACCAAGUUACACACCAUAAAUUACAAAACAUCAUCGAUCCCACCCAAAACGUCAACAUCAACAGUAACAACAACAACACAACCACCAUCAUCAUCAUUAACAUCGUCAACAAUAUCAAACAGCGAUUCACAAGAGAAGCGAUUACAAAAUACAAAAACUACAACAAUAUAUACAACCAAGUUACACACCAUAAAUUACAAAACAUCAUCGAUCCCACCCAAACGUCAACAUCAACAGUAA